AACAAGGAUACUACCCUAGAAAAAGCCAAUGAGCUCACUUAUCUCGGAAUGACGUUUGACACAAAGCCAACGUGGAAAAGUCACAUUGCUAAAAUAGCAGAACGAGUCUCCAAUAGACUGAACGUACUGAAGCGUCUUGCUGGUAGCCUAUGGGGCUGUGCACACUCAACUCUCAACAUCACUUACAAGAUGUUUAUUCAGCCAAUAAUGUUGUAUUGCUGUGAGCCACUCAUUACAGCCACAGAGGUGACUCUCAAACCCCUCGAGAAGGCACACAACCAAGCAUUACGACUAAUUACUGGAGGGAUACAAUCAACACCGANUCACAUUGCUAAAAUAGCAGAACGAGUCUCCAAUAGACUGAACGUACUGAAGCGUCUUGCUGGUAGCCUAUGGGGCUGUGCACACUCAACUCUCAACAUCACUUACAAGAUGUUUAUUCAGCCAAUAAUGUUGUAUUGCUGUGAGCCACUCAUUACAGCCACUGAGAUGACUCUCAAACCACUCGAGAAGGCACACAACCAAGCAUUACGACUAAUUACUGGAGGGAUACAAUCAACACCGAUUGAUGCAAUGCUCCUGGUGAAGGCCUUGAUACUGUAUGAGAAGCUACUGCGCAUUCCCAUGGAUAACUACUUCAGCAACUAUGAGGAUAGACCAAGACAUCUGAAAAAGCAAUCUGUUCUAAUACAGAAAGCCAGAGAACUGAAGAAAGAAUUACAAAUCGAUGACAAACCCGCAAGUCUCUCUCUCCCCAUGAACCCAUUAGCAGACAUUGAUGUAACAAUCAAUGUCAACUAUCCUGGAGGUCAAUGGCUCCAAGUCUUCACUGAUGGGUCAUGCAUAGAAAGCCAAGCAAACGAUGGUGCAGGUGUCUAUUCUGAACUCUUCUCUUUCUACGCAGCAGCGGGAAACUACAGAUCCGCUUUCAAAGGUGAAAUAGAGGCCAUUAGGAUAGCACUAAGCCAAUUAUGUUAUCUGGAUACGAAAUUCACCAAAGCGGUGAUACUUGCGGACUCACAAGGGAAAAACAAAACAGUGGUCCAACAAUGGAUUCCUGGUCACUGUGGCAUAAAAGGCAAUGAGCUUGCUGACACACUCGCUAAGAAGGAGACAACAAUUUUGCAAUGCAUGGACCGACCGAUGCCUUUCCACACAAAGAAGGCCUUAAUCAGGAGAGAAUUCCAGACCUCAAGGUGCAACGAAAUUAAAACUCGAACAAAGGAGAAACAGUGGACAGUGGCACUCUCCGACAUAGUCGACUGGCCAAGAAUCGAAUUUGUUGCUGAGUUUAGACCACGUUCCGGACACGAUUGCCUGGCAAAGCACCUUCACAGAUUGGGAGUAUACACUCAACCCACAUCCCCCCCUAUGUAA